AUGGCCUGGAACACCAAUCUCCGCUGGCGGCUGCCGGUCAUCUGCCUGCUCCUGCAGGUGGCCCUGGUGGUCCUCUUCGGCGUGUUCGUGCGCUACGACCUGGAUGCCGACGCCCACUGGAUCGAGGAGAGGAUGUCCAGGAACAUUUCCAGCGACCUGGACAACGAAUUCUACUAUCGCUACCCGAGCUUCCAGGACGUGCACGUGAUGAUCUUCGUGGGCUUCGGCUUCCUCAUGACCUUCCUGCAGCGCUACGGCUACAGCGCCGUGGGCUUCAACUUCCUGCUGGCGGCCUUCGGCAUCCAGUGGGCGCUGCUCAUGCAGGGCUGGUUCCACUCCUUUGACGGACGCUACAUUCUCUUGGGCGUGGAGAACCUCAUCAAUGCGGACUUCUGCGUGGGCUCUGUCUGUGUCGCCUUUGGGGCAGUUCUGGGCAAAGUCAGCCCUGUCCAGCUCCUCAUCAUGACUCUCUUCCAAGUGACCCUCUUCUCAGUGAAUGAGUUCAUUCUCCUCAGCCUGCUAGAGGUGAAGGAUGCAGGGGGCUCCAUGACGAUCCACACAUUCGGUGCCUACUUUGGGCUCACAGUGACCUGGAUCCUCUACCGACCCAACCUAUAUCAGAGCAAGGACAGGCCAAGUUCCGUGUACCACUCGGACCUCUUUGCCAUGAUCGGCACCCUCUUCCUGUGGAUGUACUGGCCCAGCUUCAACUCAGCUGUGUCCAAUCACGGAGACGCCCAGCACCGAGCUGUUAUCAACACCUACUGCUCCUUGGCAGCCUGUGUGCUCACUGCGGUGGCACUGUCCAGCAUCCUGCAUAAGAAGGGCAAGCUGGAUAUGGUGCAUAUCCAGAACGCCACGCUCGCGGGAGGGGUGGCCGUGGGCACCGCCGCCGAGAUGAUGCUCAUGCCUUACGGCUCCCUCAUCGUCGGCUUCAUCUGCGGCAUCAUCUCCACCCUGGGUUUUGUGUACCUGACGCCAUUCCUGGAGUCCCGGCUGCGGAUCCAGGACACGUGUGGCAUUCACAACCUGCAUGGCAUUCCCGGUAUCAUAGGUGGCAUUGUGGGUGCUGUGACGGCAGCCUCCGCCAACACUGAGCUGUAUGGGCAGGAAGGGCUUGCCUUUGCCUUUGGCUUUGGAAGUUCCACGCUGAGCUGGAACGCAAGCACACAGGGCAAGUUCCAGGCUGCUGGUCUCUUUGUGUCACUGGCCAUGGCCCUGGUGGGCGGCAUCAUCGUAGGGGUCAUUUUGAAAUUGCCAUUCUGGGGACAAGCCGCUGAUGAGAACUGCUUUGAGGAUGCAAUCUACUGGGAGAUGCCCAAGGACCAGAAGAGUAUUGGCUUCCGUUCUGAGGACCCCGCUCUCAAGCCCUCAGAACCUUAA